AGUCAUCUUAGGAGUAGCACCAUGACCUAGGUGGCUGUAGAUUGGCUGAGGAGGAGCACCGCGACCAGCUUAAUUUCCAAUCAGAGCGCUGCACAAAAGGAAGCAAAAUCAGCAUUUAAUAGGAUGUCUUUUCAGCUCUCCAUGCAGGCCCACGUACGUGAUACUCCAGCCGCGAUCAACGCCCAGCAUGCAAAACUGUCUUCAAUAUCCUGCCUAACCAACGCCCAGCCGCGAUGCAUGCAUUUGCCGUUCUCGUGCGAGCGCCUCCUCUUCCUCCCCGCGCAUCUUCUUCCUCGGCGCGCCUCCUCUGGCCGAAAAUUUUCAGUCCAAAUCUUCCUCCCGCGUAUCCUCCUUCCUCCCCGCGCCUCCUUUAGCUCCAAAUUUUUGGUUUUAGAUCAACCGCGCGAAGCUGUGAAAUACAUCUAUAAAUAGGUUACCCCAUGGCUGCAACUUCUCACAUUCAUCUUCCUCCUCCCGUCAAUGGUGAUGUUCGAUCUCAACGAGCCACCACCAGUAGAUGAAGUAGUGGAGGAUGGAGCAGGCCGUGGUGGAGAGGAUGGAGGAAGCUGGCCGCCGCCACCAGAAGCGCUGGUGGUAGGUGCUCGAGAUCGAGGCACAGCAGAUGCCGUCGUCCUAGGUGGUCGCCGGCCGCCACCUCUAGGCAUGGCAGGCCGUCCGCGUGGCGGCUUCUUCUAUACCAGCGGUGAUACGACGCCGGGGCUCCCACCGCUCGGCCUAGUUCGUCGUCCUCGCGCCGUCUAUACUCCAAGCAUCGGCGAUGCAGCGUCGGACAUGCCACCGUCCGGCCUCCUUGGACGAACCAUGCCAAGCUUUACGAUAGGCACGGCAGGAAGCGAGCCAGUCGUCCCCGUGCGCCGCGUUGGGCUGUCCCGUAGGCCUCGCGGCGGUUGUACCGGUGAGGCAGGAUCCAGUCGUGGUGGCGGGAGCAAUCGGGCACGAGGUGCAGUCCGUCCUCGCGGUGGUGCAUCUAGUGGCUCCGCUAUGGGCGGGAGCAGCGUUGAGGGAUCUGCCGUCCAAGGUCUGUACCUUGGCGACGGCCUGGAGGAGCAGAACGGGCACAGGCAGGAGCAUGGCGGCGGUGGUACGGGUCGUGGCGGCGGGAUUAAUUUGGUACGAGGUGCAGCCCGUCCUCGGCGUCCUCGCGGUGGUGCAUCAAGUGGGUCGGCUACAGGCGGGAGCAGCGUUGCGGGUUCUCCUGCUGGACGUGACGACGGUGACGAACAAGUGCGAGGCGGCAACGUCGGCACGAACAAUGUGCAAGCUCCAGCAAGGACAUAUGGCCGACCUCCAAGGAGCACUAGGGGUCGAGGUUCAAGAAAAGGCAGUGGCAGUGGGACUUCGCGCACCCCUGGUGUCGAAGAAAAUGGCGUGGGCAUUGGAUACGCUGGUGGCUUCGAUAGCAACUACACCUUUGGAAACUUUCAAUCUGCUCAUGAUGCUGGUGUCUUUGAGCACAUGGACGCUUGCCCGCCUCUACCAGAGUUUCCUCUAGCCCCAAAGAAGAUACUGGACCUAAGUAAGUCAUGCAACAUAUGA